GCACGUGGUUUGAAGAUGGCGUCUGGCGCUGGAAGGAUGGUGAGAGUUUCCAGUGAGUCCAGCAGCAGCGACGAUGAGGAGCUUAAAAGAUGCAGGGAGGCUGUUUGGGACCAGAACCAGAAUAACAAGACUAAAGAUGUGGAUGGAGUUAAACUCGAGUCAAAGCGUGUUGUCGUUGCGGAGCAUGACCACGAUGGAAACGAGCUCCAGGUCACCCAGGGGUUUCGGACACAUGUGGCUAAAAAGUUGGAGCAUCUUCUGGACAGCUUCAUCUCAGAAACUCAACCUGCAGCCUUGAAAGGUCUGCAGUCCCAAUCUGAUGAUGAGGAUGAUGAAGGAUUUCGUCUGUUUUCCACGUCGGUUCCAGGACAGGAAGCUGCUAAGCCUUCAUCACCUCCCAGAUGUCGUCCUCCUCUCAGCUCAAGCGACAGCGACAGUGAGAUGGAGACACGGCUGAAAGAAGCAGCGGUGUCCAUCACUGACCUGUUACCUCCUGCAACACACUCCUCUUCCUCUGCAGAGCCUCCUGCCUCAGAGGUCAGAGCAAAAAAGAAAAGAGUAGAAGAAGAGCAUCGUGUCAAGAAGAAGAAGAAACAGAACAAGGAAGAGGAAAAGCAGGAGGACUCUGAAUGCUCUGCUCUUUAUCAAAGCAGCGGCGAGCAGGAACGCCCUGCAGGCGACGUCAGACGGAAAAAGAAGAAGAAGCAUAAAAAAAAUACAGAAGAAGAAUCUCCGAGCUAAUUUUUUAUUCUACCGUUUACUGAUUUUGUGCUUUAUGUUGAGGCGAAAAUAACUCAGACACCCGCUUGUUUAUGAAACAUCUUUACAUCCAUUGUUCAAGGUUAUAUAUAAAAAAUCCUCAUGGAAAGUGAAAAAAAAGCAUUUAAAGAAGCAAAUUAAAAA